CGGAAGUCAGUUGCUCCAGUAGAGAAACAUGUGAGAAAGUCUGGCUGUUACUAUUUAGAGCCUGUGCAUCUAUGAAGUGUACUAAAACUGUUAACUUUUAAGUGUAUAAUAUACUUUAAUUGUAUCCUAGUUUAUAUAUGCGAACGUAAACAUUUUAUUAAAAUUACAUUUAUUGAAAAAAAACCCCGUAAUGUUAAGCAAGCAGUAAAUGAGCAGUUAGCCAUCUAGCUGACUACAUAGCAUUUGGUGUGAGGAGCUGUCAGGAUUUUAAUCUUAAGUAUAAAACUGAUACUUCAGCAAUGUUUUAUUUCAUCGGUCUUGGGCUCGGUGAUGCUAAUGACAUCACGGUAAAGGGACUGGAUAUAAUCAAGCGAUGCAGCCGUGUUUAUCUGGAAGCCUACACGUCCAUUCUGACUGUGGGGAAGGAAGCACUGGAGGAGUAUUAUGGGCGAGAGCUGAUUUUGGCAGACAGAGACAUGGUGGAACAGGAGGCAGAUGUGAUCCUCAAAGGUGCUGAUGUCAGUGAUGUGGCCUUCCUCGUGGUGGGAGAUCCAUUUGGAGCCACAACCCACAGUGACCUGGUCCUGAGAGCAGUGAAUGCUGGGAUCAAGUAUCAAGUCAUCCAUAAUGCCUCGAUCCUGAAUGCAGUGGGCUGCUGUGGGCUGCAGUUGUACAAUUUUGGUGAGACAGUGUCCAUCGUGUUCUGGACAGACAGCUGGAAACCAGAGAGCUUCUAUGAUAAGAUCAAGAGGAACAGGGACAUGGGCAUGCACACACUCUGCCUUCUGGAUAUUAAAGUGAAGGAGCAGUCCUUGGAGAACCUCAUGAGGGGUCGUAAGGUUUACGAGCCUCCCAGGUUCAUGACGGUGGCUCAGGCAGCCGAGCAGCUGCUGGAGGUGGUGCAGAACCGUCGAGAGCAAGCAGAGGAGCCAGCCAUCACUGAGGACACGGUGUGUGUGGGACUGGCACGGGUGGGGGCCGAUGACCAGGCCAUUCAAGCUGGAUCUUUGCGCGAGAUGGCGGAGUCUGAUUUGGGAGCACCACUGCACUCCAUGAUCAUCACUGGUCACUUGCACCCACUCGAGGUGGACAUGCUGAGGCUCUUCAGCAGCCCAGAGGGUCUCAGUGGCCUGAAGAUGACGGACAGCUCCACAUAUGUCUCAUAAGAACCCGUGCAAAACUUUAACCCUCCUGCUGUGUCACGUCUGAAGCUUCAAGGAAACCACAUGAAUUACGUAUUUUUUGGUGUAGCUCAAAAAAGAUCUAUGCAAGUUGCAUUACAGUAUGGUGUUUUUGAGUUCAUUAAGUUUUCCUACGCGGCCGUUUGGGUGAAUUACAGACGAGCAAAUGGUAGAAAGGUCACAGGGGAAGGAAGGGAAAAAAAGUUUCAUCUGGGGCAAAUGAAUGCUUCUGUAAUUCAAAAUUUGGUCUUGUCAUGUGACUGUAAAACGUGCAUUUUAUUGCUGCUGGGUUUCCUCCAAUCCCAAUCCAACACGCCUUGGCUCUGAUUUCUGGAUAUGAGCCUCAUGUCAAUUUCUCUCUACAAAAUUUAUGAAACUAAUUUUCAAAACAA